AAACAGUAGGAGGGACUGAUAGUUAACAUGAUGCAGCAACCAGCUUGGAAAAGUUCUGAGGGAGGGACUAUGGGACUUAGCAUGAGUAAGGAAGUUUUUAGUAAUGCCCAGGAAAACCAGAAUGGGGAGGGAGGAGGGCUAAACGUGACAGCGCAGCUUUGGAAUUCCAAAGUUUAACACGACGAGAGGAGGAGCCGACUCUAAACAUGACUGUGUGAGUUUCUGAAGGCAGAGAGGGAGGAGGUGUUUCAACAGAGACUAAUGAUGGGUGAUGAAGCAGACCUAAUGAGUGGACUCAGCCAGAGAGAGAAGAAGAGGUCCUACAAAGACUUAAAGAAGGAUGUGGAAGAGACUAAAAAGGAUUUUAAUGAACGUAGCACCAACAGGCUUUACAAGGCGGAUCCUGAGCCUGCGCUGGAACCAAAAGGCUUGCUCAACAGCAAAAGACAACACUCUGAUCAUAGUGGAGCUGAGGCUGAACUUUAUGGAGCAGUGUCCUCUGGCUUCCUCCCUGCUUAUUCGGUCUGUUUGCCCCAAGACAGAUUGGGGAUAAGAGGAGUAGAAGAGGAUAUCCAAGACAAGUUGUUGCAUUCAUGUUGCACAGCAGAGGGCAGCAAUGAUCAGGCAAGUCCAAACUCCAUGUUGGAGUACUGCGUGUAUCUAGAUAACCAGCACAACAUGGCAGCCUGUCCCGUUGCCAGGACUUUCACCCCUCCUGCCACUCCAGUAACCCACAGACCUUGUCCGUCCAUACCUGUUCCUAGUUCAGUGACAGCCAUUGCUUCUACAAUGAGCUCUGUGGUUAAUCCCAUGCUAUCAAGCCCAAUGACUGACACCUGUAGUCCCAGUAGCUCUAUGUGCAGUCCCACCGGUUCAGCCUGGGACACUCUCAGAUCCACAUCCAGGAGUUCUGGCUGCUCUGACCGGGACCCUGUCAUUGCUGCAGCUCACCUACACCUGUUGGGGGAAUCAUUGUCUCUGAUUGGACACCAUCUUCAGGAAACAAAUAAAAUGGUGAGUGUGUCAAGUAGCUUGUCUCUGCUCUUGGACUCUCUGCUGUGUGCCUUGGCUCCUCUAAUCUGCCUCACCUCACAGAUACCAGAGCUCAGGAGUUGCACACAACCCACACUGGCCUCCACACUGGAAAAUAUUGCCUAUGUGAUGCCUGGGAUGUGAGUGAUGAAGACCCCUCUAGCAGUACACAGCACAUUCUGGUUUGACACUAUAGAUUAGUUUACACUUUGUAAAUAAGUAUCUAAGUUCUCAAAAAAUUUGUUUACACUAUCACCCCCCCCACACACACACAAAUAUGCAAGUUCACUUUAAUAUGUCAUGUGUUGUGUUUUUUUUCUUGUAUUGGUUGUUCAAUUAAAACAUGUAUGAAGAUUGAAUUAUGUAACUUUUUUGACUGACCAUAUACCUUUAGCUUGUGUCACUGGACCAGUGUCAAUUUCUGUUUUUCUUCUUGACAGUUGCAAUAACAUAGACCAGAUAGUCUCUUCUUUGUUGUCACAUUAAUACUCAAAAAUAAAAGUUAUCUUGACACCUC